AUGAUUGCUCGAUCCCAGCGCAGCUCACGGGCCAUUACACACCCAAGUUGGGGCUCGGGCGAUAUCAAGAUACAUCAUGCGCUCCAUGAUAUGACUGGAGACAAAUCCGAACAAUCAAUUCAAACCAUGAUACUCACCAGCGCAAGCGGAUACUGCAUGUUUGUGUACCUGAUCAAGUUUGCCGCACGAUCUUUGUUCCUCCUCUCGCAGUCACGAGAAUGGCUGCAUCAGAGUCCAGGAGAAGGUAUCUUGUACCGAAAUUAUGCCGAUUUCGGCGCUAACAGUACCGCCUUGAACAUCGCCCAGCUGCAUUUUGCGCAAAAUGGGCACGAUACCGCCACCAGAUCCACAGUGUCGGCGGCGGUAAGGUCUCUGAUAAAUCAUGUUUCCAACAUCAAACAAAAUAGGUGCUGCUCCGAUUCUCAUUUCCUCCUGUAUCGUGCUGUGAUCCCUCAAAACUUAUGUUUCCCAUUUCGUGGAAGCGGUAUCGAAAUGAAACAACAAGUAUUGUCACUGUUGACCAUGCUGGGCGGCUGGUACGGGAAGCCUCGCAUUGAGGGCACCUGUGUUGAAAGGGAUGCGGGCCUGACUUGGCUGUCCAGCAAGCUGUCGGGCAAUGCGAUCAUAUCCUGUCGCGGGCAGCCUUCGCAAAUCUAUAAUGCAAACCGUUAUUGGGGAAAGCAGUAUGGCAAGGACGCCGACGUGGUUGUCUUUCCUGCCAACGCACGCGACGUGAGUGUGACUGUCCGCGCUACUCAAAAGACGGAUCUUGGUCGAGAUUAUGCUUUUGUCUCUGGGGCACAUUCCAUGACCAACUCCUCAAGCUCUUCUGGAUUCGUGAUCGAUCUGAAGUUUCUCAAUCACACCGAAAUCGUGCACGACUUUGAAUUGGGCAAUGAAACAUUCACAGCCAUCGCUUAUGGUGCAGGAACUACAAGCGGUCAAUUUCAAGCAGCACUCAAUGGCACUGGCUGGACUGGUAUUGCUGCUCGGGUUGACUCGGUUGGUCUAGGCGGCUUCUCGACCGGCGGUGGCAUUGGGUAUCUCGCAGGCGCGUAUGGAUAUGCCAGCGAUCGUGUUGUUGCUGCCGAGGUUGUUCUACCAACCGGCGAGAUCGUCUUCGCGACCGAGACUAACGAGUACUCCGACCUCAUCUGGGCCCUCCGAGGAGCAGGUCUUGGUCAAUUUGGCAUCGUUACGACAUUCUUCCAGCGGGCCAUCCCCGAACCCAAGUCGGCCCGUGUCGCCUUCUACAUUCUGGCGGAAGAAUCGAUCCCGAAGUCAUACGAGAAUGUUGCCGAGUUUUAUGCGUCACACAGCGAUCCUUUCAGCUUGCUGUACUACACAUAUGGCUUCCUGCCUGCCGAUUCUAGCAAUCCUGAUCCCAAGCCAUCUGACUUUGCCCUCCUGAACCUUAUGACCACAGUCUGGCUUGAGGAGCCUGAAUCGACCGCGCCAAAUCAGAAGUCAUUCGAGGAGACUUUCGCUCCGGUUCUGUCAAGUCUUCAAUUUGUCGAGAGUACAACAUACACAGUACCGUAUGCGAAUCUCGCCACACUGGGAGCAGCCUUUUUCCCCUACGGUCUUCGGAGGGGUUUUUUUGGCGGACAGGCCAGCCGAAUCUCCGCUCCGUACCUUCAGAACGUUCAGCGCGAGUUCAAGAUAUUUAUUGACGAUGUUAUCGGCAAUGGUGACUUCCCGACAGCUUCGACAUUCACACUGCAAUACAUGUCUCCCGGUCUCAACGGCAAUCUACCAAAAUCGGACAAUGAGACCGCCUGGCCGCAUAGCCACGCGGGACACCAAACUCUAUUCGAUCCAGGAUGGUCGUCUCCCUCCAGUGAUUUCAUUGCCGCGACCACUAACACUCGUAUCACCGCACUCACCUAUGCCGAACAGGCCAUCGCCGCAGGGCCAAAAAUGUCCGAUGAUGAUGAGUCCGACGCCGAUUUGUGCGGAGGCACAAAGUUAUGUGACUAUCCGAACUAUAUAGCUGGAGAUGUCUCUGGUCGGCGAGUUUGGGGUAAGAACAUUCCGCGACUGAUCGACAUCAAAGACAAAUACGACCCGGAGUGCACGCUGCAUACAGGUCGAGUCUUCGCCAGCAAGGCGUGUGUAGCUAAGGGUGUGGCGAAUGUCUUCGCAUGA